AUGGAACUACCUACCCCUCCCAAGUGCACCGCGGACUUUUGUCUGAUUCCAAUUGGCACCUCCUCACCCUCCGUCUCCGCCCAAAUCGCCGAUGUCCAGCGACUAAUCGAAGCCUCGGGCAUAAAAUACACCCUGCACUCCGCCGGCACCACUCUCGAAGGCUCCUGGGACCGGGUCCACCAGGUCAUCGGACAGGCGCAUACCCUCCUCCACCAACAGGGAAUAGUACGUAUCCAGACGGAUAUCCGGGUCGGAUCAAGGACGGAUAAAGAGCAGACUGCUGAGGAUAAGGUCAAUAAGGUGCGCCAGUUACUGAGGAAAGACCAGUGA